GAUAUCCUUUUCAAAUUCUUCAUCUCCAUUACGUCGAGAUCGUCCACAGUCGCUCAACUUGGGUCGUGGUCUUCGAGAUCGGACGGCGUCGAGCCCGGCGACACCACAAGCAGAUCAAUAUUCCAAUGAUGAUGUUCCUCUAGCCUCCCUGCCAGACCUCCCUGAAGCACUGGCGGCGAUGAAGCACGUGACCCUGGCUGAGCAGUUCUCCUCCACAUCUCUGGAGAAGCUGCGGCGACUGAAGAACAAGCUCCACCGAGCCCUGAGCUCCCAUGACUCUACCUCCAGAGAGCCCUCUGAUGAAGCUGAGACCUCGCCACUGGUGCUGGCAACGCCACCCCUCACCUGUACCACGCCCACCCACUCUUCCCCCUCCCCCACCCCUCUUCCUGACGACACUCAGCUUGUCAAUCAUUGUUCCAACCCCACCAGUCGACCCAUUACACCGCUGCUACGCCAGGAUGCACUUGAGGUCUCGCCUACCGCUCACAUAACAUUUAAAUUACCCUCAGCUGACCGAGAGACUCCAGUCUGAAGUACUCUAGACUAGAUACGAUAAUGGCAAGACAGUCACAGUUGAAAAUAUACUUCAUUUAAUUUUUAAUUAUACUUAUCUUAGAAAAUUCCUCUAAAUACAUUCAGUUCUAUUAUAAAGCUCAUCUACAGUCAGUUUAUGCAACUUCUCUCUAGCUUUCAUAAAACUUUUUUAUUUUUUUUUAUUUUUUAUUAACACACUGGCUGAUUCCCACCAAGGCAGGGUGGCCCAAAAAAGAAAAACUUUCACCAUCAUUCACUCCAUCACUGUCUUGCCAGAAGGGUGCUUUACACUACAGUUUUUAAACUGUAACAUUAACACCCCUCCUUCAGAGUGCAGGCACUAUACUUCCCAUCUCCUGGACUCAAGUCCGGCCUGCCAGUUUCCCUGAAUCCCUUCAUAAAUGUUACUUUGCUCACACUCCAACAGCACGUCAAGUAUUAAAAACCAUUUGUCUCCAUUCACUCCUAUCAAACACGCUCACAUAUGCCUGCUGGAAGUCCAAGCCCCUCGCACACAAAACCUCCUUUACCCCCCUCCCUCCAACCUUUCCUAGGCCGACCCCUACCCCGCCUUCCUUCCACUACAGACUCAUAUACUCUUUGAAGUCAUUCUGUUUCGCUCCAUUCUCUACAUGUCCGAACCACCUCAACAACCCUUCCUCAGCCCUCUGGACAACAGUUUUGGCAAUCCCCCACCUCCUUCUAACUUCCAAACUACGAAUUCUCUGCAUUAUAUUCACACCACACAUUGCCCUCAGACAUGACAUCUCCACUGCCUCCAGCCUUCUCCUCACUGCAACAUUCAUCACCCAUGCUUGACACCCAUAUAAGAGCGUUGGUAAAACUAUAGUCUCAUACAUUCCCCUCUUUGCCUCCACAGACUCCUAAGUGCACCGCUCACCCUUUUCCCCUCAUCAAUUCUAUGAUUCACCUCAUCUUUCAUAGGCCCAUCCGCUGACACGUCCACUCCCAAAUAUCUGAAUACAUUCACCUCCUCCAUACUCUCUUCCUCCAAUCUGAUAUCCAAUCUUUCAUCAAGUAAUCUUUUUGUUAUCCUCAUAACCUUACUCUUUCCUGUAUUCACUUUUAAUUUUCUUCUUUUACAUACCCAACCAAAUUCAUCCACCAACCUCUGCAACUUCUCUUCAGAAUCUCCCAAGAGCACAGUGUCAUCAGCAAAGAGCAACUGUGACAACUCCCACUUUAUGUGUGAUUCUUUAUCUUUUAACUCCACUCCUCUUGCCAAGACCCUCACAUUUACUUCUCUUACAACCCCAUCUACAAAUAUGUUAAACAACCAUGGUGACAUCACACAUCCUUGUCUAAGGCCUACUUUUACUGGGAAAUAAUCUCCCUCUUUCCUACAUACUCUAACCUGAACCUCACUAUCCUCACAAAAACACUUUACUGCUUUCAGUAACCUACCUCCUAUACCAUACACCUGCAACAUCUGCCACAUUGCCCCCCUAUCCACCCUGUCAUACACUCCUCUAUUUAGAGUCAUUCUUCUUAUAAUGUCUCAGUCUGUCUAGGAUUUUCCAGGUGUAAAUUAUGAUGUAUCAUUCUCUUCUGCAUUCCAGGUCAACAAUUUCACCUGUCUUGAAAGUUGCUGUUAAGUGUACAGCAAUAUUCCAGCCUAGAGAGAACAAGCGACUUAAACAGGAUCACUGGCUUGGCAUCACUUGUUUUGAAGGUUCUAGUUAUCCAGCCUAUCAUUUUGAAUGUUCUAGUUAACCAGCCUGUCAUUUUGAAGGUUCUAGUUAUCCAACCAAUCAUUCUGAAGGUUGUCAUUGUCCAUCCUAUCACUUUCCUUGCAGUUGUUAUAGUGACAUCAUUGGGGUCCUUGAAGGUGAUAUCCUCUAACAUUAUCACUCCCAAGUCCCUCCCAUUAGACUUAUGCUUUAUCGUGUGGUUAGACUUGGUUUUAUACUCUAUUCUAGUUUUUAUUUCCUCCCAUUUUUUCCAUAAUGGAGUAAGUGGAAUCAGUUGUCAUGGAAUGUAACUUUUUUUUCUGUGCCCAACAUGCUGGUAGUUCUGUGAUGGCGAAACCACCGGUUUGAAACCCAGUCACUUCACAGAAUUACAGUCUUAUAAAGCUCUCCUGAAUACAGCCAGCUUUCUGUAUGUGAUUUUUUUACGUACGUAUAUGUAACUGAAGAAGUUCACAGUCUGUGCUGCUCAGUAUUGGAUGAACUUUUUCAGUCACAUGAAAAAUUUCACUGAAUACAAGAGCUUUGUAAGAAAGCUGACUCUAUAUAGAGGAGCUUUAAAAGAGCUGACCACCUAGAGGAGCUUUAUUAGAGAAAUGAUUGUAUACAGAGGAGUUUUAUAAUAAACCUUACAGUAUAUAGAGGAACUUCAUAAGAGAGGACUAUAUAGAGGAGCUUUAUAAUAACUGAUUGUAUAUAAAGGAGCUUUACUUUUGAGCUGACUAUUUAGAGGACCUUUAUAAAAGGUGACUAUAUAAGAGAACUGACUGUACAUAGAGUUUUAUAAGAGAACUGACUAUAUAUAUAGAGCUUUAUAAGAGAACUGAGUGCAUAUAGAGGAACUAACUGUAUAUAGAGAAGCUCUAUAAGAGAACUGUAUAUAGAGCUUCAUAAGGGAACUGACCAUAUAUAGAGGAACUUGUAUGUAUACAGAGGAGCUUUAUUAUCAGGGUGACUGUAUAUUGAUACUUGCCCCCCCCACACACAGUUGCAACUCGACCAAGACAAAACAUUAUUGGAACAAGCACAGUCCCCAAGUGAAACAAGAACAAUUUUCUGAACAAAAUCAGUCAUGGAACAAAUAUCUUGUGAUAUUAGGAAUGAUUUCCUUAGCUGUGAUUCAUAUAU